UUCUUCUAUCUGUGCUCUAUCUAGAAUCUAGAUACGGCCAUUUUCUCGUUUCCGCAGUAAUUGGCAUUGACUGCAUUUACACCUUCUUUCACUACUACCAUCAUCUACUCCAGCGUAUUCAAUCUACCCCUUUGUACGAUUUUCCAACACUCGUAACCUAGUUCAUAAUAUAACAUGUCUGGACGCGGAAAGGGCGGAAAGGGUCUCGGAAAGAGCGGUGCCAGACGUCACCGAAUGAGGCCUCGCGACACCAUCCAGGGUAUUACAAGGCUAUUCGCCGGUCUUGCCCGUCGUGGUGGUGUGAAGCGUAUUUCAGGUCUCAACUACGAGGAAACCCGCGGUGUCCUCAAAAUUUUCUUGGAGAACGUCCUUCAUGACUCCGUCACUUACACCGAACAUGCUAAGCGCAAAACAGUUACUGCUCUUGAUGUUGUCUAUGCGCUGAAGCGGUCGGGGCGCACGUUAUACGGUUUCGGUGCAUGAACAAAGUAUUAUUAUCACCUGCCACCCAUACUUUGUACCAAUAGUGACU